AUGCCCAAGAAAAGCCAGAGGAAAAAGCGGCAACAGCAGUUGGAUUUUAAAAAACCCAAACUAAAAGUUGGUAAAAAAAAGACAUUGCCUUCAAACCACACUAAUAUAUCAUUCAAAUCGAAAGCAAUCAUACUUCCCAAUCAAAGCAUAACUGAAGAUAAAUCGCAUGAAUUGACCAAUUCAAGAAAUUUGACUCUUAAUGACCUUGUUACGCAACUAAGACAUUACAGUGCGAAUGUUAGAAAAGAUGCUCUACUCGGCCUGAAAGAUUUAUUCAAUCGAUAUCCCCAAAUUUUACCGGCAUCUUUAUCUUUGGUUAUUAAUACAAUAGUUAGGCUCUUGGUAGAUGAGGAUGCGACAUUACGAAGAAUUUUGUUAUCGUUUAUGAACGAAUUUAUACCAAUUCUGAGCGAGAAUGAUUUUCGCCCAUAUCUACCACUUUUGAUUAUUUAUACCUGUUCAGCAAUGACCCACAUUCACGAAGAUAUAAGAACAGAUGCGAUUAAAUUUAUGGAUAUUUGGCUAAACCUUGCCCCCGAUGUGGUUACUAUUGGGUUUUGGAAAAAGAUACUUCCAAAUUAUGUUAGCCUGCUUGGCUCUGAUAUGAGCUUAGGACAAACGGGAAUGCCAGGCGUCGGAACAUCCUCUCUCACGUUUCUUAACCCUCGAAGUCAAAUAGUAUCGCAAGAG